UUGUGAUGCGCUUUCACUUUUGAAAAGUGAAAGACGUUGAAGACCGACUUUGGAAGAUAUUCUGUGGAUAUUACGGAGUUAACAGAAGACUGAGAUAGAGGAACACGAAGAAGGGGGGGGGGGGGGGGCAGUCAUCAGGUGUAGGCAAAUCAUUUAUAGACAGGACAGAGGACGCAGCUCUCAGAUGAAUCUCCGGAAAGAACUGAACAUCACAGAGAAUGUGGGACUGCACGAAGGUAAGGGACGGUUUGGAUUUGGGUAUGUAAUUGUUGACAAACAUGAACUCACUGAACGCUUCUUUUGACUCGAUAAAUUUCUGUAAUAGGUUUUUAACGACGCCUCGCUUCGAUGUCCCGACAUAAACUUGGAAACCGACAUCAAUCACCUAUGGCUGCUGUGGCACGGUUCCAAGCAGUGUGGGAUAGUAGUAGUUUGUUUGAGAAGACUGGGUUUGAAGUUGAUGCUAACGGUACAUUGACAAAUACUUUCGCUAAAGACUUACUAAGAGUCUCAAAACAACAAAAACGUGGCAAGGAGAGAAUGACAGAGGAAUGGCCUCUAGAGGCAGAGAAUCACACUAUGACCUGUAAUGUAGUAGAAUUAAGAUGCGGAAAUACAAGCAAAUUGCCAGAUGGCAAGGAUUUGGCAGGUUUCACAGAUUGCAAGGCUAAGGUAUCGAGAACGGAUGAUGGGGAAAAUCCGCUAUUAGCUGUGUUUGAGUUAGAAAUCAAAAAGGGAACUUCAAGGACAAAAGGACAAGAUGAAGGUUCUUAUAUCAAACUUGGUUUUUGGAAGCUGACAGUAGAAGAGACUGUGGAAUCUAAAAGUGCUGAUGUUUUGGCUCCAACUCGACUUGAAAUAGGUGAAUCACUGACUGUGAGAAAAAAAGAUAAAAAGGAUGGAGGUCAAAGAGGACUAGGACUAGUUUGCCUGGUUUUAUUACUUUUCCCUGGACUAGUUUCUGGAACACAACAUUGUGAUCCGAUGCCCUCAGUUGUUGUUGAGAGGCCAUUUGAUGUGCUGAACAUGAGUCAGAACUGCAGUAACCACAUUGUUACUCUGAAGUGUGGACCUGGUCAGAUAAUGGCUUGUUUAAGGAUGGAUCACACUUCAGAGCUGGCAGUAGGCUGUGCACCAAAUAUAUGUAUAAAUGGGAAUGGCUGUCCAGUGUUGAGUAGGGAUGAAAAUGGAUCAACUGUGCUGCAGUACCGAGUAAAGGAGUGUGGUACCUGUCCUGACCAUUACAAUCUAUCUGAUGUAGAUAAAUACCCAAUUUGUCAAAAAAGGAAAACGACAAGUUUCCAAGAUUCUACCACAAGUUUGUCCAAAACUGACACUCUCACUGAAAGUCCAUUAGACCCCAGAUCACAAGUUUCCACCACAGAGGGAUAUACAACACAAUCAACCAUGCAAGACAAUCCCUCUAAAAUGUCAAAUAAACAAAGCAUCAUAAUUGGAUGUAGCAUUGGCAUUGCACUUAUAGCCCUACUAGUGAUCGGAGUGUUUUUUUGUAUGAGAAGAAGACGUGGUUUAAAGGUAUGUAUGAAAGAAAAUAAUGGAACUGAUCCAGAAAGUCAUCCUUUACAGUGAAGGAUCAUGAAGGGUGUUUCGUCAAACUUGUCAUUGGUUGAAGCUAAAUGUUAGACGUUUUGUUUUGAUGGAGCUGCAUAUUUCUGUACAUUAUUCAAUAACUGUAAAACUUGUUGUGGUGCAUAUACGAUAGUGUAGCAUUUUUAUUUGUAUCUUUGUCUAAACCUUUCUUCAGCAUUUUAUCGGCCAUGUGCCUGUUACAGCACCUUGCACCUUCACUAAUCAUAAUCCCCAAAUUAAUAAACACAUCCAAAAGUUCAGUUGUUCCAAUGUAGACAAGUGGUUUGUUUCUCGGACUUUACACAGAUCACACACAUUGUAUGAAUUCAAUUGCCGAAUUGCUGAUUUUGCGGUACAAUUUCAUCAUCGUCAUCAUAUAUUUAGUAGGUAUAUUGUCAUUGUGAGCUUUAAUUGUCUGUUUGUCUUUUAAAAAGUAAAUAAUUCUGUGUUAAUUCUUUUGCUUGUACAAGUAGGUUACCAAAUUUAUUAUACUUGCAUAUGUAAUAAAUAAAUUUCCUCCUAAA